AUGAUCGGUACAAUACCAAUAUUCUUAUACUUGUUGAAUUUCCUCCUUCUCUCUUUUGCACUCCCAUUCGGACAGAAGCCUAUUCUCCGACUCACAGCCAAUUCUCACGACAAAAGCAUCGUCAGCUCGAUUUUAUUCGAAGCAUACUCAGAGGCAUAUCUGCUUAAUGCUCACGCAAAGGCAAACUACAUCACAAACUUUCACAGUUUGGCCUUGCAGUACACCGCAGAUGACUAUUGUGUGGACAAAACUUCCAUCCGGUAUUACGUCAAAUCCUUUGCUGUCGACACAAAAUCAUACCCUGCUUCGCAAUGCGCUUUGAACUUGAAUUCUCGAUUCUCUUCUAUUCUACUGCCAGAGGAAGAUUUUCAUGAAAAUGUUCAUGGGACCACAGAUUUGCUCACUUAUGAACUCGAGAUGAGGGCCGAGCUGUACAUCCUGGAGUUACCAAGUUUUAGUUUUGAAUUCAAUGACUUUGACGAUUUGAAUUAUGAUCUCGAAUGCUUCUCAGAAUAUUAUGAGUUGAUGCAAGUCAUGUAUCAGGAGAAGGUAUUGACGGUAAAUCUCCAGCUCCAAGUCACAGUGCCAGACCAGUGUACCUUCAAGAAACUCAACCCUGAAUUUGACACAAAUUUUGACCAGUUAUUUCAAACUGUACAACUACCAAUGUCUGGAGAAUUCUUUUGCAAGUCGGGCACAUCAGUGUCUUGCAAGAUGUCGAUGGCAAACACCAGGAAUGUUAGGUACAAAUUGUUUGAGUAA